GGUUUGGCGGGAAAGGGCGACGGCGGCGUGGGCGAGCAUCACGGGAAGAGAAGCUUUGUUUACAUUGACAUUUUUCCCGAUUUUGAGGCGUUUAGGGAUCCUUCGGCGGUUCCUUCGGGAGUCCUACCGGUCGUUUGGAUACUUGUGAUUGAUGGAGUGCCAGUGACUGACCUCCCCGGGGUGCCACGAGGGGGAAAUAAGGGCGAAAUCAACAAGUCUUUCCCCGGGUGAGAGGGAGAGUGGAGGCCGCCAUCUGGGAGAUCCCGUAAUAUACACAAAAAAAGGCUUGAUAAUUGCCAGAAUUCUCCUUAAAAGUGCAUAAAUAUCUUCCUGUGGGAGAGACACGUGCUUCACUCCUCCGAAAGAGGGAAAUAAGGCCCACGAGGAGACCAGAAACGGAGAAAAUCGAGUCGAAAUAAGCGAUUUAAAGAGACUCGCGAUUUAAAGGUCCAGCAAAAACAAAAACAAAAAAAAUAUUUCUUCCAUCCUUUGCAUCCUCCUUCGUCUUUCUUUCCCCACGAGUCCUUGAGCCUCCUGUGACCUCAGAAGUGGGAGAGUGAAGAGUAUUUUGCUGGAAAAACACCAAAAUAAGGUACCGUAGGAUAAUCCCAAAAGGAUACCAUCACAGGAUACCAAAGCAAACCCCCAUAGCAUACCAGACUUCACAAGAAUACCUUAAAAUACCCUCUUAAGGAUACCACCGUAGGAUUCCUCUGUAUUAAACCUACGUAGGAUACCCUCGUAGGAUUCUGUGGGAAUACGUGGUUAAGAUUCCUUCGCGGAUUGUUUUGAAAGGAACCCUUGAAGAUGGCCGAGGGCGUUGUGUUGUUGGGGCCGAGCGGAGGGGAGCCCGUGGCACACAGGACGAGGGGCGCGCUUGAGGAGAUCCCCAGGCCGGCCACCUUCACCCUGAGGCAGACAGGAAACCCAGCAAAUGGCCUCACCUUUUCGGCAACGGUCAACCUCCCUUCCUCGUACCUCUCCCCAACACCUUCACCAGAUGAGCUCGUAAUCCGAGGCAGGGGCCGGAGAUCCCUCCCCCUAGAGUGGUCUCCCAUCCCCAUAGAGAGCCCUGUGAAGCGUAUGGAGAAGACCCCCCUCAAGAGGUCUCCGGGCAAAGGCAUGAUUGUCCUCCGAUCUUCUCCGAGAAAGAGGCUGCAGCUCAGCGACACUCCACCCAAGGAGCUCCUGGAGAGUAGACGGAUGAUGAUGCAGAUGUCACCCAUUGUAAAGAAAUGCCGCAGUUUGACAGUCUCGCCUGUUCAGUCUCCACCAGAAGUUGCUAUAAAGGGACUGACACAACACCAGCUGGUUGAUGUUCUCAACAGUGUCUUGGAAAGGCAUCCAGAGCUAAAAGACGAGAUAUCAGACAUCCUGCCCCAGCCCGAUUUGAAGCAAAUGGAAGAGAAACUGAACCAGCAGAAGAAGUGCAUCUUCAAGGCACUGCCAGUUUCACGAUUAGCCUCCAAGACGGACUCUCCGGCUUAUAACAAGGCAUCCCCACAUUUGUCAAAUUUCAAGAAAACUGUACAGGAGCAGUGCACCCAGCUGGCCGAGGCUGAGCAGUGGGCAAGCCUUAUUGACUACACUCUCAUCGCGUGGUCCUAUGUCCGUGCGACACCCCAGUGGGAUGCGUCUCAUCACAACAACACCCGGCGCUUCUGCUUCAAGACUCUUGCACAGUAUUGCCUCCAAGGUCUCAAGGAGGUCAAGUGGAAUAGGGAUCAGCUGGAGAACUUGUUGAAGAAGCUUGAGCAGUGUCGUUCAGACCAUGAUGAGGUGGAGCACUGCAUUGAGCAUGUGCAGACAGUUCUGAGCAAUAUGCAGUGACAUGCAAAGGAGUCACUGCGGAGGGAUACAAGUUGGUAGUUUUGUAGGUUGUAUCUGGCCAGCCAUCUCUGGUGAAAGAUGCUAGAUGGUCACAGCAAAGAGAGAGAAUUCUCUUGUAUAUAUUUUUUCUGGAAGACUAUUAUUUGAUUGUAUACAGAAAUGAAGAGAAAGUAAGUACUGCAUGUAUUUGCCCAUGUAUACAGAGACGCUAAACUAUGACGCUGAAUUCGACUUUAUGCAGAGUACAGAGAUGCUAACGUGCCACUACAAAGGUUCCUUAACAUACGCUUCAAAACUUAUUUCAAAGGUGCGCUCAUUGCAGUGCGCUAACUCGCUAUAAGGUUAGAAAGGGAAUGUCUGUCUUGAAUAAAGGCUAGCAUUGAUCUAGCUCACAGAAUCCCUCGUAGGUACACUUUCCAUGUAUUUUUUAUGUAUGGUUCAAAUUACUGCAAAGGUGCUUUUGAAGUCAAUGAGGUGAUUUUGUAAUGAUUUCAUACAGUAACUUUUGUGGAGACCAAUAUCUUCUAGGAUGUAAACUGGAAAGGUACUUAAUAGAUAAGAAUGAAUAAGUAAAACAAUGUUAUGAAUUACUGUAUUGUUAUUGAGUCUAACAAUAAGCUGAAGUAUUUGAAGGUUUCUUCUCAAAAAACAAAUGGGCAGUUUCCUUUAAAUUUUAGCUACUUUUAAGUCAUUUAUAUGUAAGCUAUUUUUGUAAGUGUCAAAGAUUUAAGAAGAGAAAGGUUACGCAUUCAUAUUUAGAUAGUUUGUAGAAUUACUUUGCAUCACCCCAUUAUUUUUAUAACUUUUCAUACUUUUUUUAGUCUUCAGAAAUCCUUUGACAGAGUCAUUAUUGAAUACCGUUUAAUGAACUGGCAUAAAACCCGUCAGUCUGUAGUUGCUGUUAAGUAGAGCUCUAUACCUUCAAUGUACAAAUUUAUUUAUAUGUAUAUGGAGUGCACAUUUACAGGAGAGUGAACUGGUGAUCUUGAAAAUGAAACAAGGUGCUUCUUGUUAUGUGGCAAGACAGAAGAUUGUAAUAAAGAUUGCAUAGACUCUCCACAAAGACUAAACCAGAAGGUGCAUUCCAAGUGGAAGAAAAACGGGAAAAUUAUAUACAAAUGAACACAUUGAACUAUAAUUUUGGAGGUCAAGUUUAUGCAGGUGUGUUAAGGAGUCGUUUUUAAAAUACAAAGUUUAUGGUAUGAAAAAAAGGAGGUUAUUUUGCUGCUGCAGUAAGGUACCUUAUUUAUUUAUUUAUGCUGUCAUGAACAACAGUUUUAAAUUGAUCAGACAUGGGGGAAAAUUUAUUGAUUUGUUUAUAAAAAGGGUAAAAAGAAUAUAGGCUGCCAUUCCGGAUGUUUUCCAAGAUAUAUAAGAGUGCCUUGUUCUAAAUUGUGAUAAUGAUAACUGUGUGCUCAACAUUUUAAUGUGUAGGGUAGAGUUAUUAUGUAAUGAUUGUAUAAUGAAGGGAGACUUGAUUUUAUUUUUGAGGAAGUUUGUACAGCAUUAUUGCUUGUUUGGUUAUUGUUACCUUUCUUAAGUUUAAAGUUAGAUUGCAAAAAGUAUCAUUUUUUAGAUGAAUUGUAAGGAGCAGACUUGUUCUCUGAGAAGGAAAUUACAAUUUUGAAAUAAACA